GGUAGGGGACGCGUUUGAGCGCUUCACCGACAUCGGAUGGCAUCUGUCUGUUCAAAACUGUACAGAUCCCGUGACUUUUCGGUUAACAAAAAAAUGAGUAUGAUUACUGAUGUGAACUCGGUGAUUACGAAAUCGGGGUUUUUUGGUCAAAGGACGGUUUUAAUGUGUACAGCCUGUGGGCUGUGAUAGAAACGCUCUGUUAUUUUUACUUUAUCUGAGACAGUUUUGGCAUUUUGCUUACUGGAAAGUUGAAUUGAAAAUCACUUAACUUGUAUCUGUAAAGUAGAAGAAAACAGACGCCUGUAUGGUCCAUAAAACAAAAGAGUGAAGGGAAAAUUUCGAACGCUAACAAGACACAGUUGUAAGAAGUUGCGUUUGAGUUUUGAGGGUCACAUGAUUUCGUGACGUCACGCAUGCAAAGCAGCGACAUGUUGUCCACGGUAGCCUAUCGUUUACCAGGAACAAUUUUUUUGUGUUAUUUUGUGACACAGACUUUAACGCAACAAUUGGCAGAAUCAGAAGUUGAAGAUAUUACGACCACACAAAUGACUACACUGGGCAUUGUAACAGACAUAACCCCUGACCUGUGCGCCUCGUCAUGUCUGAGUGACGACCUGUCAAUUGUUGUGGGCGUGGUUCCUGUACUGUGCAUCAUCUUCUUGCUGGUUGUUGUGGGCGUUGGCUGGUACAUGACUUCGUAUAAGAAAGCCUUAAAUGAUUGGGCAAAACAGGGAAGGGACGGGGAUCGUGCAACGGACUCUUUCAGUGGUAUCGGACCAGAUGGUCGAGCUGUCUGGGAAGGCCUCUACGGUUCGUACGAGGCCCAGGAAGCCAUGGAUAUGAUUAACAUAUUCAUGUUGGCACAUCAUCGACUCGGGGAGCGGAAGCUUCCGAUCUACGCAAUACGAGGACAAGAACUGCCCAGCAUCGAGCACGCCUUCAUUCAUCUUCCGGCAGACAAGAGACCCUUGUUUACGUCCGAGAAAAUUAUGGCGGGCGAUAACGACAGAGAUGACCAUGGCCACAAAGACGAUUCGGUAAUGCCCGUCAGUUCGAGCUCGAGCAUCGUCCCUCUUCACAGAGUAGAAGGAAGUACAUGUAUCACCGACAUAGAUCCAAAGUUCAACGAUGAGGAGCCGUCAGGAUCUGAAGUUCCUGUUUCCCCAAAUAGCCACGGCGACCAAGUUGGCGGCAUGAAACCGCCCCAUUUGACUCCCUCUGUGUCAGGAGAGUUAUCUUCUCUUGGUGAUUUCCCGUGUCUCGGGAAAGUACCUCGGCCCGUACAAGCAGCCAUUUUGCCAGUAUGCAAUAAAGAGCAGGAAUUUUUUAUUACAGAUAUUUAGGUGUAAUAAGGGAAAGGAUUGUACGCUAAUUAAUCUUCAGCGAACACGGUGGCUGACAUAUGUGUUAUGCAGCCCCAUUCUUCUUAGAUGUUAUUUUCACACACGUUUAGUUUAAAUCUGAACAAGGUUGAAAAAUAAAACGAUGUCCUCUAGCCAGGACAGCCGUAGCCUAUGCAUAAAAUUACUUACACUUUUUUUUUUAAAAAGAGUAUUAAGUGCGUGAAUGAAUU